GACUACUGUGACACUAAACACGAGGCCCAUAUUACCACAGCAACAACAACAGCAAAGGAAAAUCAGCGCAGGUAAGCUAUUAGUUAGUUUGAUCUUCACGCCAUGCUUCUUCGCGGACGUUUCUUGCUACAUAGGAGACUAGUGAGUCGUAAAAAACCGGUUGUUGUCUUGAAUUCCUGCUUCCUUCAGCGACUUGGAGAAAAGAAGGGUGGUGCUGUGAGGAACAGGUGGGGGAAGGGGAGGGGCACGGAAUUAAAAGAAUAUUUUCUCCCAAUUUACCAACUGUGUCAGUAAGGUGAAUUUCCUGGCUUUUAAAAGCUGAAGUUUUUGUUUUUGUUUGUUAGCAACCGGAUCUUCACCAAAUGCCAUAGCCGCUCUAACUCAACUGUAAAUCGCACCACAACAAACCUCCAGCCUCUGGUACCAAUCGGAACACAGCUCCAACAGCCUCAGUUCCAAGUUCGAAUGGUUCAGUUCCCACAACAAAGUGGCCCCGCCCAGAUUCAACAGACCAUUGUACAAUCACCAAGACCGUAGCGAAUAAAUCCGCCGCACUCGGCUGUCUCUAAAGAGAAAGUAGACGGUCUGUGACUAGACUUGUAAUUACUUGUUUUAAUGACUUGCCAUAAUAAAUCUUUUGUAACCUUUGACAACCCUUCUUUUGGUAUACAUCGAGCGGUAUUUGUCCUUUAAAAUGCUAAGUUGGAAAGUUUAUCUUUUCCGCCAAGUUUCCGCGGUGGGGUUUUGUAAAAAUCAGAUUGAAUUACACUAAAAGGGAUAAUUUUAUGUAAUUAUAUGUAAUUUUUUUUCCAGCACUCUUACAGAUUCAAGGCAAACCCUUAGGUACUACUGUUAAAGUAACUCAACAAACACAAGGAGCCCAAACAACAGCAAGAGCACAGGGGAGGUCACCUGCACAGAGAAGAAAAUCACAGAAUAAAUAA